AUGGCCACCUCAUUGUCCCCUGUCUUGACAACGGAAUCUCCCGCCAAAAGUGACCCAUUCAUCACCAAAACCCAUCGGGCCAAAAUGGUUGGUUAUACAGUAGUCUUUCAAAGGGUCCUAGCAAUUCUGGUUUUUGUACCAUCUACAGUUAAGAGAUUGGUGAUGAGACAUGCAAACAGAGCCAGAGAGAAAGGGAGUGAUGAGGUGAGAUUUUGGGUCAUUGUUGUGGGAUUGUAA